AAAAAACCGUCUAGCUUGAUCAUAGUCGGAAGCGCGGAAAUACUACAAAGAUUCUGUCGACUCAUUGCCACGAAUCAGUAUCAGCGUUCAGUUACUUAUCAUUAUCAGCAACUGUGCUACUGCAUGAAACGGCAAUACAGCGGUAUUCUCGCUCACACCGCCAAGGCCUGACGAAUAUUCCGGAGUAUUAUUUUUUUUCGGUUGACAGACUUAGUUUUCGCGAUCGCAGCACGUGAGGCAAUCAUCUCAGUUCAAGCCCAAACAGCGAUCGCUAAGCAUCGCGACGGUUGAUGCGGGUCCGAGAUCGGUUAUAAGCGCUGAAAUGAAUACCAAACUCUUUGCAGUCCUGCUCCUGAGCUGCCUAGCAUGGCAACACUCGCACGCAUCCCGAAUUCUGGGGGUGUUUGUAUUUCCCGGGCGCAGCCACUGGAUGAUGAUCGAUGCCAUAAUAAACGAGCUGCUGGACCGCGGCCAUCAGGUGACCGCCAUCGGCAACUACGCGUUAUCCCGACAGCACGAAAAUUACACCGACAUUCGGAUAGCUCCCAUCUAUGAUUUUUGGAAGAAAUCUGUGAAGGUGGAUUCGUUGUACGAUCUGACGGAUAUUUCGAUCCAUUCCAUGUUGGUUGAUUUUCUGUACAGUUUGGGCUUGGAAACGGCCGAGUAUGGUUACACCAGGGAAAACGUGAAAGACUUCCUGGUGAACGAUAAGAGUAACUUCGAUUUGAUCCUAGCGGAACAGUUUUAUCAGGAGUCCUAUCUCAUGUUGGCUCACAAAUACAAGGCGCCGAUUGUCACUGUUGGCACCUUCGGAUUCGCGCAGUACAUGGGUCCAAUAAUGGGCAUGAUGAACAUGUGGUCCCACGUCCCGCAUGAGUUUCUUCCCUACACGGAUAGGAUGACGCUGCGACAACGAAUGUACAACUCAAUGGUGUCCUUCUAUGAACAGCUGCUAAGGUCGGUGUACUACAUGCCCAAACAGGAAGCAAUGGCUCAGAAGAACUUCGCCCAUCUUGAGGGUCCUCUUCCGAGGGUGGCCGAACUUGAACGUCAAGUGUCCGUUAUUCUGCUGAACAGCUACGCGCCACUCACCACGACUCGUGCCAAGGUUCCUGGGUUGGUUCAAGUGGGUGGCCUGCACAUCAAAGAACCCAAGUCGCUGCCAGCGGACAUUCAAAAGUUUUUGGAUGGUGCCGAGCACGGGGCAAUUUUCUUCAGCUUGGGAACGAAUCUGAAGAGCUCCGAUAUGCCACCGGAAAAAUUGGCGGCGAUUCUGAGCGUAUUUCGUUCGAUGAAACAGCGAGUUGUUUGGAAGUUCGAGGACGAAUCGGUGAAGAAUUUGCCCAAGAAUGUGCUGAUCAAAAGCUGGUUACCGCAGAGCGAUAUUCUUGGUCAUCCGAAUGUUAAAGUCUUCAUCACCCACGGUGGUCUGCUGGGAACCCAGGAGGGGGUUCAUCGCGCUGUUCCGAUGUUGGGUGUUCCAAUUUAUGCCGACCAGCAUUUGAACAUGAACAAAGCCGUUUUGGGAGGGUACGCGGUUAAAUUGUAUUUUCCGAAUAUAACCGAAACAUCGUUCCGGUGGGCUUUGAACGAGUUGUUGUAUAAACCAGAGUAUAAGCAGAACAUUGACAAGGUUUCGUCGGUAUUCAGAGACCGACCGGUACCGGCCGUGGAUGAAGCGGCUUACUGGAUUGAGUAUGUGAUUCGACACAAGGGUGCCCCUCAGUUGAGAUCAGCGGGACUUGAUCUGCCGUGGGUAAGCUUUGCUCUACUGGACGUCGUGGGAGUGUUGCUGUUGGGGGUGAUAGUGACAAUUUGGCUAGUCAGAAAGAUGGCGGUUGUCGUGUUAGGUAAAUUGAAUCGAAAGAAUAAGGUCGAAUGAGUGGUGAAAUAUAUUGAAUAAGUACACUGUAAA